AACAACAACAACAACAACAACAACAACAGCAGCAGCAGCAACAACAACCUCCUGUUUGUAUCUUUGAUCCAGCUGUUGAUUUGGAUGUUUCAGCCAUUUUGAAUUCUCCUCCCACAGAAUUGUUUACUAAUGCUGCUUCUACUACUACUGCUACAUCAACUCCUGUAGUCACUAGUCCUCCUGUUAUGUCAACAACGACUCCGGUCGAUAUGACACAACAAAUGAGACAUCUUAUUGCUGAUUUGCCUGCUGCUUUAGCUGCUUUAGCUGCAAUUGCUGCUCCUGCUUUAUCCACACCAUCAUCUACUGCAACUACCCCAGUGAUGCCUACUACACCCGCUGUCUCUCCUGCUGUCAAGAGUGCUACUACUCCUGCUUUUUCUACUCGUCGCUCUACUACCAAGAAACGUACAUUAGACGAUAUUGAUCCUACGGAUGAUAUAGCUAUCAAGCGACAAAAGAACACAGAUGCUGCACGACGAUCACGUCUUCGUAAAGUACAAAAGAUGGAAGCACUUGAGAACCGUGUAUCAGAACUUGAAAAGUUGAAUGCUGGAUUACUUAUGCAUGUAGCUGUGCUUGAUUCUGAAAAGACGAAUCUUAAAGCAAAAGAAUCAUCGUAUGAAAAUCGUAUCAAAUGUUUAGAAGAACAAUUAGCCGAAGCUCAUAAAGCACUUUCAUCACGAUCUUGAUUUACUUUUAUUAUAUUAUAUUAUAUAUUUUUUUUACAUUUUUACUGGUUUUCAUUUUAUUUUAUUUUUUUUUUUAUUUCAUUAAUCAAGUAAACUAAUAAAUGUAUAUGUACCCAUCAUUAUUACGUUAUAGAAA